AUGGAAGAAGAUCUCAAUCGUAAAAAGAAGAAGGCGACAAACAGUGGCGACAAACGAGCUUUAGCAAAAGCUUGUUCUGAUUUAGCAAACUUUUAUUUUUCUCAAGCUCGAUAUAAUGAUGCUCUUGACGAGUUUAAAAAUGAAGCCGGGAUAUGGAAAGAGCUUGGUCGAACUCUGGAAUGGGGUACAUGUAACCGGAUGAUGGGCGAAGUAUUUACACUCAUGGGAGAGUUUGACAAAGCUCUUAAGUAUGAAGAGCGGCAUUUAGUUGUAGCAAGAGAUUUGAAUAAUUUAGUAGAAGAACAAAGGGCUAUGGCUACAUUAGGCAGAAUAUAUCUUUUAAAGGGGCAAAGUUCUACAGACAAUGGUGAAACAAAAGACUUAUUGAUUGAAGCAGAGAAGGCCUUUAUGAAAAGUCUAGUGCUGUGUCAAAAACUAAAUGGAAAAAUAUCUGAGGCAGAACUUAUGGAUAUGAGGGCUCGUCUUCUUCUCAAUAUAGGUGUUGUCCAAGAACACUUGGGAUAUCUCGACAAAGCUAUUGAUUUUAUACAGAAAGCCACAUCUAUUUCUGCUAAAAAUGACUUGUAUGAAGUUUUACAUAAAUGUUAUACCACAGAAUCAUUGCUUUAUUCAAAUAAAAAGAAAGACUUUCAUAAAGCUUUGAACUGUUUGAAUAAAGCUUUAACUGUGGCGGGUAGACUCGAUAAUGAGAUUUUAAAGAAGUGUGAAACGCUGUCAGCUAAAGCUGAUAUUUUGUGUCAGAUGUCCGACUAUCAGAGUGCUAAACAGGUUUUGAUGAAGGCCUGGAAAUUGAAAACUCCUGAUGAAGAGGAGAGAAACAAUAUUGAGAGUAUUCUUAAAGUUGUUGUAAAAAUGUGUGAAACAGAAGAUAGAUUGGUAUCAACCGAUUGUAAUGACUAUGCUACAUUGAAAAAUUUGUAUGAAACCAUGGGAGAUGGUGCAUGCUUUGUACGUAAUUACUCAUCAGCGGUUAAUUACUAUCUGAAGUGUUUAGACAAUGCUGUAAAGGCAGGGGAAGAUGGAAAAAGCCUUGUGCCUAUAUAUGUCAGUAUAUAUCAAACAUAUAAGGACAUGGGAAUGUAUCAAGAGGCUUUGGAAUAUUAUUAUAAAGAAUAUGAAAUAAUCAAAGAUGUUCCAAAAGAGGCAUACACAACUUUGUAUAAUACAGCAGAAGUAUUGUUCAGUGCUAAGAAACCUUAUGAUGAUAUUGAAAAAACCUGUUUUGAGGCAAGAGAAGCUGCAAAACAAUUAUACAAUAAGAAAUACGAGAUCCGAAUUUUAAAGAACCUUUUGAAGUAUCAAGAGUAUUAUUUUGAACUUGAUAAAAUGGAAGAAACUAAAGCAGAUUUAUUUGCAUUGGGUGAUGAUUGUGAUGAACUGUCAGAUGAUGAACAGAGCACCGGUGAUGAACCUCAAAUAGGUGAUGAUGUAUGCCUAGCGGAUCUUACAGAUUUAUCAGACAAUGAUGAAGAGAGCGCUGAAAUAAAUAAGCCUCGCAGGCGUGGCAAAGGUUUCGCUGUAAAGAAAAAUGCCAAGGGUGAAACUCAAUUACAUGUUGCGUGUAUAUCUGGUAAUAAGGCAUUAGCUGAGCGUCUAUUGGCUCAAGGUCAUCCCGUGAAUGCUCGUGAUCACGCGGGCUGGCUGCCACUUCACGAGGCCGCUAUACACGGACAUUAUGACAUAGCUAAGAUGCUUAUAAACAAUGGCGCCGCUGUCAACGACAGGGGCGGUAGUCAGUGUGACGGUAUAACUCCUAUUUACGAUGCAGCUUGCAACGGCCAUCUUGAUGUUGUCCAGUUAUUGCUUGAGAACGGUGCAAUACCGUCCCUUAAAACAGAUUUUGGUGAGACACCAUUGCACGCGCUGCAGAAAUGGCGAACUACAACCAUCCUAACAAAGGACGAAGAAAUUUUGUACUCUAAUAUAUGCAAUAAAAUACAUAAUUUGUUGGGCAAAACAAUUUCGGACCAACCCAGGACGCCUGUUAAAUCUAUCCAAAUAGAAUCUCCACCGAGCACAUCGAAAAUGUCUAAUAGCAACAAACAAUUAGAUUCUCCUGCACUCAAAAGGCGUAAUAUUAUCGAUGAUUUAACUGACGACGAUGACUGUUCGAAUACAAGAAACCAAACAGCUUUUCCAUCCGACUCUAACUCAUCCGAUGACGACGCAGAUAAAGGUAAAGAUAAAGAAAGGAAAAAGACUAAACGUUCCGGGGUAAAGGAAUAUAAAAAUGCUAUAUCCGCGUUAAGAAAUAGAAGCUUCGAACUGCCUGAAGUAGACUUAAGACCGUCCAAACCAAAACCUGCGCUGUUACAACCGAGCGAGGUCGAUGACGACUGGUUGGAAGAUGACUUGGGUGUUAAUAGGACUAAGAAACGAAAACUCAGUGAUCCAAUGACGACCUUGCCUAAAAGAUCAUAUAACGAUAUAAAAAAUAGCAUCGAUCUCUUAAAUGACAUCGAAACACUGCAAAAGGACAGUCCCAAAAAGAAAACACGUGUUAGUGACAUUGAAAUCAGUGAUAAUAGUUCUGAUUCAGAUCUAUACCAAGCGAACGUGAGUGAUAAGAACGAACCGUUGAGAAAUAUAUCAAGGGAGCUCAACGAAACAAGAUCAAAAGACAGCAGGGAUGGUAUGAGAAGAAGGUGGAAAAGACAAAGCACUUUAUUGAGAGCUGGCUUCCAAAGAAAGAAAUCCACCGAACUAUCCAGCAAUAGCAGCAGUGAUAAUGAAACAAGUAAACGCGAAUCCACAAUAUUCUCUAGAAAAACGCACAAUGAGAACGUAAAUUACACAAAUUGUAAGGAAAAUCCGAAAAUAGUACAAAAUAUGAACCCAAAUGUAAUCCUGCCAAUGAAUGUAAUACAACCGAUAAGUAUCAUGCAAUCGAAGAAUGGAAAAGCGAUGCAAACACAGAUUCUACCACCAGCCGCUGUGAAAGUUAAAAUCGAAGAUAAGACUUUAUUAAUAUCGUUGAAAUUGGAUAAAAUUAAUAAUCUGACAAUCAGCUGGCUGGUCGAGGAAGUUAAAUCUAGAUAUUACAAACUCACAGGAGUCCGUCCUAUAUUCAAUCUGAUGACUUCAGAUGGUGCUAUAUUAUCUGAAGAUGACCCUCUAAGCCUUGUUCUAUCAACGCCCGAAUUACAAACAUGUAUGACAACAUUCAAAGCAUCGCCGGCGGAAGAACGAUACUUGGAGUGUUGUGACGCACUGGAUAUAAGUCCAUCAGAAGAAAUUCAACAAGUUGUAGGAAGAAGCCACACAACGAGAAGAUUAGCUUUAGGACCUUCUACCCUUCCAUCAACACAAAUACGACCACUCUUCAGAGCACUAACACAUCAGACACAUAUAACAGCUAUUUUGAUACCAGAUAAUAAUAUACAAGAUGAGGAAAUGAAGUACUUAACUGAUUGUAUAUGUACAUUGAAGCAUUUGACGGUGUUAGAUCUAAGUAAAAAUAAAAUAACUGGCGAAGGUGUAAAAUUCUUAGCUAAUGCCUUCGAAAAAGCCAGGAACAACUGCCAAUCGUUAGAAAACAUAGAUUUAACUGAUAAUCCUAUAUCCGACGAAGGUUUUAAAGCGAUAGUAAAUCUGAGUAGACAUGUAAAAUUAAGAAUUUUGAAAUUGAACGACUGUGGUAUAACAUAUAAUAUUGCUAAUGAAAUCACAAAAUCAGAUAUGAAUUUCGAUACAUUAGAAACAUUGCAUAUAAGUAAUAAUUUUAUCAAGCAGAGAUUGGUCAAUUGUUUAAUGUCGGCUCUUAAUUUUAAUGUUUUGUCUGAUCUGGAGUUGGAUAAUAUUGGUUGUGAAGGUGGCGUGGUUGGAUGUAUAGCACAUUUUAUGGGUAAUGCCAAGGAUUUGAAGAUAAGAAGAUUCAGCCUAUCAGACUGUAAAUUAACUGAUGAACAGUUCAAACUAAUUUUCAAAUGUCUAGGCCGUGCAAGAAAUUUGCAAACACUAACAUUGAAGAACAAUCAAAUAACAUUUGUUACAUUGAAGAAAUUAUUACAACGGCAACCAGCGGUGCCACAAAUUAAUCUUGAAGGUUGCCAGGAUAUAUUUAAAUAUUCUCCGGACUUGGAUCUAAAGGUUUGGUUGCCAGCUAUCGACUUUGGAAGAUGCAUUCCCAUUAUGAACCUUACCCCUGUGUGUAAAACUGAUGAAGAAAAGGAAAGUUUAAAAUUGUUUUCCAAAAUAUGGCUGAGUUGUUUUAAGGGCAGAGGAAUGAUUGAACAUGGCAGUGGUGGCCUAAUAAAAUUCACAGCUACAUGUAAUAAUAUUGAUUAA